AUGCAGAAACAAAGAAGUACGGAGAAAAAUGUUCCUGCAGCAAAAAAGACCGAUAAAACUUCAGUGGGGGUGAGUAAGGGCAUGCCAGCCCACCCACGUUCCCCGUCCCACUCAGUAACCCAGCGGCUUAUUUCGCCAGGAAAAUAUUCAUUAGUGUCAGCGGAGAAACAGCCACCCUCCUCCCAUACCCUCUCUCAUGCCCGCUCAUAUGCUAGUGCGGCCGGGACCCGCUCGCAGAGAUCUGAGAGCGGCGGGGUCGCGGCCACACACACAGUGACUCCUGGGGGGUCUGAAAACCGCUCCGAGCAUUUAAUCAGCUUGGAGCGUGUGCAUUCAGCACCUGCAAGCGGAGCAAGCAGAGAUAGCAGCCGCUCACGGCUUACAUGUAAAGCAGCCCGGUCCCUAGCAUAUAAAGGAGACCGGGCUGAGGAUGAGGGGGCGGGCGGCGGGAGGUCUCGAUCCCCGUCGUGGUCCUCUGCCUCACGGCAGUCAGACUUGACGUGGAGGACCUCUGCCGCUCGUUCCCCUCACACAGUCAGUCUUAAAGGGACAGCAGAGAGCCUCAAUGUGCAAGAUAUGGAGGAAGAUUGUUUUAAUGUGCCCCAAACUUUUCAUCAUAUGGUCACCAACACCGAUACCACUAAAAUGGAUGACAGCAUGACCCCAGCUCCAGCCAUACUUAAGAUGGCCACCAAUACAGCACAUACCACAAAUUUUACAACUAAAAUGGCCACUAUUUCUCCCAAGACAAUUUCUACUGGUUUCAAGACUAUGACCUAUAACCCUCACAUGCCGUUAGAAAUGGCUGAGGAUUUACCACCGUCGGCUGGUUUAAUUAUCCAGUUAAUACAAGACCUGCGUGUGGACUUAAAAAAUGAUCUCAAAAAAGAUUUUGAUAACAUGUAUGGGAUCCUGGAGAACAUUGGUCAACGCACGGAGGCCGUUGAACACAGAUUAUCUACACAAGAAUCCGCUCAUUUAAAAUUGGAAAAAACUGUUAAGGAGCUUCAAAAGCAGGUCAACCAGCAGGCAGAGAUAAUAGCUGACUCUGAGGACAGGAGCAGGCGCAACAACGUCAGAAUCAGGGUGAUCCUUGACACUGUAGACACGUCUGAAUUGUUGAACUAUUUCCAAACUAUGGUCAAAACAAUUCUACCAGAGGCUACCAAUCUGGACUUACUAGUAGACCGCAUCCAUAGGCUACCUAAAUCUAACAAGGCACCAGCAGCAGCACCAAAGGACACCAUAGCAAGACUCCACUUUUUCCACAUAAAAGUAGUACUACUGGGUACUAUCCGCACAUCAGGUCUUCCUGACGAAUACAAAAACAUUAAGAUCUUUCAGGACUUCUCAGCAUACACAAUGAGAUGUCGCAGGGAAUUCGAACAUCUUACAACCGAACUGAGACAAAAAGGGAUACGCUAUAGAUGGGGAUUCCCUACAAGAGUUCUCUUUAAUAUGGAUGGUCGAAAUUUUACGAUUGCCACUCCGGAAGAAGGAUCGGAUUUCACCAAAACUAUUAAUAGAAGGCAGACUCAAUCCCGCGCUCUUUCACCAUCAACCCCACAGCAUGCUCAUAAGAAGAGCAAGGCAAAUGACAAUUGA